AUGUCUUCUCCCAUUAAGAAAAUAGCCAUCGUCGGCGCAACCGGCAACAUGGGCAAACACACAAUCACCGAACUUCUCAAGAGAAGCAACCAUUCCAUUACCGCUCUCACACGCAAAAACAGCAACAUUUCUGUCCCCUCGUCCGUCAAAGUCAUCGAGGUGGACUACGAUUCCAUCUCCAACCUAACCUCAGCACUUCAAGAUCAAGAUCUGCUCAUGAUCACCCUCGCUGUCACCACACCUCCCCACGUCCAUCAAAACUUGGUUGCCGCCGCCGCAGCCGCAGGCAUAAAAUACAUAAUCCCCAAUGCCUACGGCUACAACUUUUUGGACUCUGCCAUCAACGCCGAUAUCCCCUGGGGUCAUCUCGCUCAAGAAUGUUUCACUUCCAUUGAGAGCAAAGGAAUGGUUCACUUUUCUCUCAUCUGUGGGUUUUGGUAUGAAUGGAGUUUAGGAAUUCCUUGGUGCUAUGGAAUUGAUGUUGCGAACAAAAAAGCUGUUUUCUACGAUGAUGGGUUGACCAAGAUGAAUACAUCAACUUGGAAACUUUGCGGCAAGGCGAUUGCGGAGUUGGUUUCUUUGACUGAGGAAGAGAUGGAGAAGUUCAGGAACAAGAGUUUGUAUAUCAGUAGUUUCAAAGUCAGUCAGAGAGAGAUGCUUGAUAGUGUGCACAGGGUGUUAGGCACGAAAGACGAAGAUUGGGACAUUAGGUAUGAAGGGACGAAGGAAAGGUAUAACAAGGGUAUUGAGGAUAUGAAAAACGGAGAUCGGACGGGGUUCGGAAGGGCAAUGUACGCAAGAGUCUUCUACCCAGACGGCAGCGGCGAUUACGAAAGCAGCAAAGGCCUUGACAACGAAGGUCUCGAUUUACCGGACGAAGACUUGGAUGAAGCGACAAAGAGGACUGUCGAAUUGGUCAACAGUGGAUGGAAUCCUUAUGGUUAA